AUGUCCGGCGCCUUCCGCAAACCAGUCUUCGAUGCGAAGAACGAGAUCGGCAGCCUCGCAGGCAAGGUCAUCCUAAUCACCGGCGGAACUGGAGGACUUGGUCGAGAGACAGUCCUCAGCUUCGUAGCCCACGAGCCAGCCCAUAUCUACUUCACCGGUCGAUCGCAGCCCUCCGCGGACAAAGUCAUCGCAGAGUGCAAGUCCAAGUACCCGGACAUAUCAGUGACCUUCCUACGUUGCGACCUCGCCGAUCUCGAACAUGUACAGCAAGCAGCGAAACACUUCUUGGCUAAAGAGCAGCGUUUGGACAUUCUCCUUGCCAAUGCUGGUAUAAUGUCGAAGCCGCCGGGCCUCACGAUGCAGGGCUACGAGCUGCAGUUUGGGACGAAUCAUGUGGGACAUGCCCUGUUGGUACAGCUCUUGACGCCUUUGCUGGAGGCGACGGCGAAGAAGACGGGUGAUGCGCGAGUGGUGUGGGAUAGCUCCAUGGCGUACUCGUUACAUCCACGUGGAGGCAUCAAAUUCGACACCCUCAAAACACCUCAAAACAACCUCGGUCUCGUCUUCUCCCCAUGGACCCGAUACGCCCAGUCCAAACUGGCAAACCUCCUUUACGCCCGAGAAUACGCUCGGCGACACCCAGAUAUUGUUUCAGUAUCCAUACAUCCCGGAGUGAGCGCUACAGGACUUGUCGAGGGGCUCAGCACUUUCUACAAGAUCUUCGUGUACAUCACCUCAUAUUGGAUGAUGGUGCCGCCCGAGACAUGCGCUUGGAAUCAACAAUGGGCAGCCACAGCACCGCUGGGUGCUGGGAAGAGACGGGUUGAGAGUGGGGUGUAUUAUGAGCCUGUUGGGUUCAAGGGAGCUCUGACGAGGUCUGCGAAUGAUGAUGGGUUGGCGAAGAAAUUGUGGGAGUGGACGGAGAUCGAAUUGGAGAAGUAUGCUGCUUGA